UGCCGGGGGGGAGCCCGGGCGAGCUGCCUCCUCGGCCGCCCAAGCAGAGGCUGCGGCUGCAGAGGCUUCUCUUCCUCCUCGGACCUUGUCGUUCCUUCCCCGCUAGGCUCGGGGCGACGCCCGCGUGGAUGGGAUGGAAGCGGGACCCUCGGGAGCAGCAGCCGCUGCAGGCGCUUACCUGCCACCCCUGCAGCAGGUAUUUCAAGCUCCUCGCCGGCCCGGGAUAGGAACUGUUGGGAAGCCCAUCAAACUCUUAGCCAAUUACUUUGAAGUGGACAUCCCCAAGAUCGAUGUCUAUCACUAUGAAGUUGACAUCAAGCCAGACAAGUGUCCGCGCAGAGUCAACAGGGAAGUCGUGGAGUAUAUGGUGCAACAUUUCAAACCUCAGAUCUUUGGAGACCGGAAGCCAGUAUAUGAUGGAAAAAAGAACAUCUAUACUGUCACUGCCCUGCCUAUUGGGAAUGAGAGGGUUGACUUUGAGGUGACAAUUCCAGGCGAAGGCAAAGAUAGGAUAUUCAAGGUUUCUAUCAAAUGGAUGGCCAUUGUGAGUUGGCGAAUGCUUCAUGAGGCCUUGGUAAGCGGACAGAUCCCUGUUCCUCUGGAAUCUGUCCAGGCCCUUGAUGUUGCCAUGAGACAUCUAGCAUCCAUGAGGUAUACCCCAGUGGGCCGUUCUUUCUUCUCUCCCCCUGAAGGAUACUAUCACCCACUGGGAGGUGGCCGGGAGGUCUGGUUUGGCUUCCACCAAUCUGUCAGGCCAGCUAUGUGGAAGAUGAUGCUCAACAUCGAUGUGUCAGCAACAGCCUUUUAUAAAGCCCAGCCUGUAAUAGAGUUCAUGUGUGAAGUCUUGGAUAUCCGGAACAUUGAUGAGCAGCCAAAGCCUCUGACUGACUCUCAGAGAGUUCGCUUCACCAAGGAGAUCAAAGGUUUGAAAGUGGAAGUGACCCACUGUGGGCAGAUGAAGAGGAAAUACCGCGUGUGCAACGUUACCCGGCGACCAGCUAGUCACCAAACGUUCCCCCUGCAGUUGGAGAGUGGUCAGACGGUGGAGUGCACUGUAGCACAAUACUUUAAGCAAAAAUACAACCUCCAGUUGAAGUACCCCCACCUACCGUGUCUACAAGUCGGUCAAGAACAGAAGCACACAUAUCUGCCUCUGGAGGUAUGUAACAUUGUGGCUGGCCAGCGGUGCAUCAAAAAAUUAACGGACAAUCAGACUUCCACAAUGAUAAAAGCUACAGCAAGAUCUGCUCCAGAUAGACAGGAAGAAAUUAGCAGACUGAUGAAGAAUGCAAGUUAUAAUCUGGACCCUUACAUACAGGAGUUUGGCAUUAAAGUGAAGGAUGAUAUGACUGAGGUGACUGGACGUGUCCUGCCAGCUCCAAUCUUACAGUAUGGAGGCCGGAACCGUGCCAUCGCCACACCCAACCAGGGGGUAUGGGACAUGAGGGGAAAGCAGUUCUACAACGGCAUUGAAAUCAAAGUCUGGGCCAUUGCCUGCUUUGCCCCUCAGAAGCAAUGCAGGGAAGAAGUUCUGAAAAAUUUCACAGACCAGUUGCGCAAGAUCUCCAAGGAUGCAGGGAUGCCAAUCCAGGGUCAGCCGUGUUUCUGCAAAUAUGCACAAGGUGCAGACAGUGUGGAGCCCAUGUUCCGGCACCUUAAGAACACCUACUCAGGGCUCCAGCUCAUCAUUGUCAUCCUGCCAGGGAAGACACCAGUGUACGCGGAGGUGAAACGUGUGGGGGAUACACUCCUGGGGAUGGCCACUCAGUGCGUGCAGGUGAAGAAUGUGGUGAAGACGUCACCACAGACGCUAUCUAACCUCUGCCUCAAGAUCAACGUCAAGCUUGGAGGGAUCAACAACAUUCUGGUGCCCCACCAGCGCUCUGCUGUCUUUCAACAGCCAGUUAUAUUUCUGGGAGCUGAUGUAACUCAUCCACCAGCAGGUGAUGGAAAGAAGCCCUCUAUCACAGCGGUGGUGGGAAGCAUGGAUGCCCACCCGAGCCGUUACUGUGCCACCGUGCGGGUUCAGCGCCCCCGGCAGGAGAUCAUCGAGGACCUGUCGUACAUGGUCAGAGAGCUCCUCAUCCAGUUCUACAAGUCCACUCGCUUCAAGCCAACCCGCAUCAUCUUCUACCGCGAUGGAGUGCCAGAAGGACAACUCCCACAGAUCCUUCACUAUGAGCUUCUGGCCAUCCGUGAUGCCUGCAUCAAACUGGAGAAGGACUACCAACCAGGCAUCACUUACAUUGUUGUACAGAAACGACAUCACACUCGCCUUUUCUGUGCUGACAAGAAUGAAAGGAUUGGCAAAAGUGGGAACAUCCCAGCAGGAACAACUGUGGAUACCAACAUUACUCAUCCCUUUGAGUUUGAUUUCUACCUGUGCAGCCAUGCUGGCAUUCAGGGUACGAGCAGACCUUCCCAUUACUACGUUCUAUGGGACGACAACCGGUUUACAGCGGAUGAGCUUCAAAUCCUCACCUACCAGCUUUGCCACACAUAUGUCCGCUGCACUCGCUCCGUCUCUAUCCCAGCACCAGCAUAUUAUGCCCGCUUGGUAGCAUUUCGGGCACGAUAUCACCUUGUAGACAAAGAGCAUGACAGCGGAGAAGGCAGUCACAUAUCUGGCCAAAGCAACGGCCGAGACCCUCAGGCCCUCGCCAAGGCCGUGCAAGUUCAUCAGGACACUUUACGUACCAUGUACUUUGCUUGAAAGCCUAAAUUUUUUACCUCACUCCAGAAAGCUUUCAGAUUUGUAGGAGCCAUACAAAAAAAAAAGAAAGAGAGAGAAAAAAAGAAAGCAUUGGGAGCACCUUGUGGCAUCCAAUGAGAAAUCGCUGCAGGGCGCAGACAGCGUUGGAGGCAGGAAACCAGCAUCCUCCGAGGCAAAUGCAGGAGAGCCACUCAGCCGGAUGGACACCCCUUCAUAGUAUUGCAAGAGAGACUGUCUUUGUUUUUCAGGCUUUCAAAUUACCUGACCAAACACAUCAAGUAUUUAAACCAAGGAAGGGAUCCAACUUCCUAUUCGAAACAAAACGCAACAGGUUUUCAGGGGCGGGGGGCGGGUAGGGUUGGAGACGCAAUAGUAGACUUUUGACUGUGAAAUGUUUUGGUCCUCCAAUGCCAAAUCAAACGCUGGUAAGAUUUUGCUUUCUUAUGAUUUGGGGUGGGUGGGGGAAAAGGGACUUGUAGAGCCUUAAAACAGAUGACUAGAUUUAUAAAAACUAAUAUUUUAGGAUACAAAAUACUUUAAUUGGUGAAGGAAAGGAAAAGAAACCAGUAGUUUAUAGAUGGAUUUUAACACUGUUUUACCCCUUCCCAUUGAAGAAAGAAUUAAUUUUCUCCCCUUUAUAUAUAAUAAUAUUAAUAAUAAUAACGUAAGGCACCCCCGGCACUUACCAUGAAGCUGAAAAGGAAACUUGUCUUCCAUCUGUUUUAAAAGUGGGUUAGCUGCUGCCCUUUUGAUGCAACAGUCACAUACUUAACUGUGGGCGAGUGCCUUACUGCAAUGCUGCAAAACGUUGACGUUCGUUCACCUUUCAAAGGAAGAAAAACAAAGCAAGCCAACAAUACUCUUGCCUCGGUGGUGGUCCCAAACUCCCAUCUUGAAGGUGUUAGGAGUUCUUUUUUUAAUGUUCACAACGGUUACUGUUUCAUGUUAGCUCACAGCCUCACGAUGGGUUAAAAUUCUGUGCACUUUUAACAUGACAUAAGAAAUUGGAGAGCUGCUGAUAAAACCUGCUUUCUAAAAAACAGAAGCAAAAAACAAAGCCGAAGUUAAUUCUAUUGCUUCUGAUGUUACUUCUUGAGUGGAUUUUAAUUUAAUUAAAAAAAAAAUACAACCCUACAUUUCUGACAAAACGGAGCACGUCAGAGAAAGUACGUUUGCCAGCCCUUUAAGCACAAAAAGAGAAGUCCAUUAUCAAUAGAUGUCCUCAUUUUUUAAAUAUACUGAUGAAAUUUUUUUAUUAUCAAGUGUUAUUUUUGUACAAUACCAAAUUUAUUGCCAAAACAUACUCAAAUCAUUCUUAGUAUUUACUUCGUUGUGUCUCCCUGCUGCCUCCAGUCCGGCUUUGGCAUGUUCGUAAAGCACAUGAGGUAUAUUUUUGGUGCUUUGUUGGUGGCACAUAGACAUUGGAAUGAUACAGAGAUGAAGUUGGCUUGUCCACAAACUGAGAUCAUAUUAUCUCUCUCUCUCUCAUAUACAUAUACAUAUACAUAUAUAUAUGAGAGAGAACAGAAUAGUCUCAAACUAUGUUGGGUAUUGGAAAUCUGGAAUUCUCCUUUUGUUCCUUGCUCCACAAACCCAGCAGCUUCUUUUUUAGAUCAGGACAUGAAAAUGCACUUUGCAAACGAUCUAGAAAAUCACUUUUGAUUUUGUGUUGACAAGAGAAAUCCAUUCUUCUGUGACAUUGAUUUUCAGUCCCUCUUUUCAUCAGCAGGCAUCUUCUUCUGGAAAGGUAGGGGGUUAUUGUUCUCAGGCUGACUCACAAUGGGGGCGUUCUUGCUCUUUUAGUACAAAAGCAGAUGUGUAGCAGGAGGGGAAUAUAUACCUGGCAUACUGUAACCACAUUGUCUCUUCAGAGUUUUGUCUUAAACUGCCAAAGGGAGCCUUUAAAAAAAGGAAAUGGGGGAGUCUGCAUUCUGUGUAGCCAUGACCCCUUCUUUGUAAGCAUAUCUCCUGAAAGUAAAUGCUUAGAUGUUUUUUGACCUCCAGGAUUGAGUCAGAUGCCCCUCUCUUUUUGUCCUUACUUCUCUUGUCCAACCCUCCUCCCCUCAAAUGUGCCACUUGGAGACAGAAUGUUAACCCAUCACAAUGCUAUGCAAACAGAAAUAGCCACUCCGAACGGAGCGUGACAGUCUUUUACAUAACCUGGGCAUUACGUUCGUAUUUAGAUGAGGUCCAGAUCACUGCUGUAGAUAGGCACCCAUCGCUUGUGCACGGCUAGUAAGACAUUGAGCAUCUGAUACCUAUUUCAAAUUGCAAAUGACUUUUGAACCUAUCCCAGGUUCCAAAACGGUUCCCCUACAGCACUUGAAAGGGAGAGACGCGUAUCUAUUUAAGCACAGGUCCAAGGUAGAGUUGGCUAAGUAGAGUGUAUUAUGCAGUUCUUUGGAUCAUUGCCUUUUCUCUCCCCAGAACACCCCACACCUUUUUUACUUUCGCUCAGCUACUCUGCUUUUCUUGCAAGGCUGGGAUUGCUCUGCUUUGGGCACAAUCUUCUGGGCAAAAUUAUCAAUACAGAAGAGCCUACAUUGCUUAACCAAGUGCCUGCGUGGGUAACAACACAUCAACAUCUUCCAGCAAGAAUCCAGUUUAUAAUCACUGCCCCCAAAAGGGAGCUUUUGAGAGAGAGAAAAAAACCACACAAAAACACAGGAAGGACAUUUUAAAUUUUGUUGGCAUCUCUUCACACCGACUGCCUCUCUGCGUGGAUUCUUGGUUCAGUCACCAGCAUGGCAACUGAAAAAAAAAAUUGAUCUUGGAUUGAAGCGUUUUGAGCAAAAACAAAUGACUUUUGAACCAUUUGCAGAACAGGAGGGGGGGACAACAACAACACACCGCCACAUCUUGAUGAAGCUGGCAGCUUUGUAUAAAUUGCUUUAAAACAAAUGCAAACCUCCAGGACUUGAACUGUUACCAGUGGACUCUUCUUCAGAUUUUUUGCACUCCGUCAUUAGGUUGCUGCUUUGAACGGAGGGGUGCUUGGCAUGACAUAAGCAGCUAGAGGACAUACAUAUGUUUCGAAGCGCUUUCUGGCCCCUGGUUCACCUCUUUUCCCUCUUCCCCACCUGGUGCAUGCAAAGUUUUUCACUAAGUGCCGUAAAUGAUGUCAUUGCUGCACCCUCUAUGGAACAGUUUCUGGGCUUUGGCUAUUUUUCCCCUCUCUUUUCUUUUGGUUCGUUUGUUUUUGUUUAGAUGUUCUAAUAAAUGGGUUUAGCCCUACCUGCAUGUUCUAUAUAAUGGAGGCUUCCUACUUUCCCGCUUAGCUUUGGCAAAACUGUGUGUCCUGUCCUUUUGAUAGUCAGAGAGAGGGAGAGAGCACACGAAGGAGGGAAGCGUUCUUUUCAUUGCUUUCUUUCGCUUCGGUCCGCUGCAAGGCUACCUAAGAGAAAUCGGCAGAGAUCCAUUUUGAAGCCUUCCACCUUGCACCUUAGUCUGUAUUUCAUUGUCGUGCCUCUCUUCCUUCUGUGGCUGGAAAUGCUGCCAAAUUCCCAAAGUGUGUAUGUUUGUGUGUGUGUGAGAGAGAGAGAGAGAGGGGGGGGAGGCAGCAAAAUUAUGUAGCUGUUGUUGGCUUAAUAUUUUUUUACCUGCAGUGCUGCUAGUUCCAAUUUAAUGCUUAGGUCUGAGAAAGAAGGAGACUCUUCCGCAACCUACUUGCCCUGUAGAAGUGUUGGAAUACCAGAUCCUAUCAGCUCCAGGUAGCAGAGCCGAUAACCAGACUGGGUUUUUUGCUUGGAGGCGUAGCCCAGGUGAGCACCAAGGGCCAUGCUGUUUGGGGGCGAUUGGCAUUGUAGUCCAACAACCUGGAGGAUUAGGAAUGCAAGAUCAUGCUUCUUGAAAGAUCUUGAGGGCAGUACAAAUAUAAUGCCUGGAUCCCAAGAAGUCCUUUGGUUUUGUCAAGGGUCUUGCAAGAGCCUGAAAUGUUCAACCUCCCCAUUCCCAGUGCCAUGUCUUGAACUGCCUCUGAACUCCGGUCUGUGUCAAAAAGCAAACUGGCAUGUACUGGGGACAGGGGCAGCUGCCAUUGUAUGGGGGGGGGGGCAAUGGGAUUUGUGGAAAUAAGUCCACAGUUCUUGGAACCCCGUGGUCCUCCUUUUGUUGGACUACUGUUUACAUCAUCCCCAACCACUGGCGACGUUGUCUGGAGGUAAUGGGAGUUGAAAUCCAACAUUGUCUGUCAGAGAGAGGGCACGGGUUCUCCAGCCCUCUCCUAACAGAAUGCCAAAAUUCAAUUGAUAGAGGUGGAGUGACUAUUAUUUGGCAGGUGCAGGUUUUUGGAGUUACACAACCGUCUUUGGGCAGCAAAACCGGAUACAAGUACAGACAUCGUAAUGUAUAAUAUUUGAGCAAAAAAACAUCGUUCCAAAAUUGGAACCAGCUCUCUUUAGUUUUAAGAAAGAGCUGCUGUUCCUGUUAGUUCUGUAACUCUAAAACAUGCAAAAUUUCUUUAGCUGUUGGCCAUUGGUCUAAAACGGAAAGUCACCAUGCCUGCCUCUUUUGUUUGUUAUGUGAGGGACCAAUGGAGCUACUACUGUCCAUAAAAAGUGGAUAUUGCAAGAAGGCAUAUAAACUUUAAAAAGGAUUAGAGAUUUCUUCCUCUUCUCUUUCUCCCUCGUCCUUAAUUCAAAAAAGCAUCUUGUUAGCACGGUGCAAACUUGUUGUGUUCCUCCGGUCUGGAGAGAAGUGCGAGCGACACAACAGAACAGCAAUAAUUAAGAGUAAAACCCAUGAUCACACCUGCGCAUGUAAUUUUGCACUUCCAAAUAAUUGUGAGUUUUAAACUGAUGGCAAUUCUGGUUUGCAUUCAAAACCUUUUUUUUUUUAAAACCUGUUACAAGGAAGUGUUGAAGUGUAAAUAGAGAGCGUUCACAAAACACUAUCGGUUGGCAUUUUGUUUUCGUUUGUGUUUUUUAUUUGAAACUGAACGUUGUACGGUCCGUUUAUUAAACAGAUUUGAACAA